CCAAAACAAAGUGUGGCGAAGGGAAAGCAAGAUCCUGGACGAGCUGCCGCCGACGUCCACUGCUGUACAGACCGAAUCACAAGCACCAUGAAGGGACCCCGCGCCUCCUGCGAAGGCUACCUGACGUUCCGGACGAGCCCGUACUCGCCACCGCCCAUGAUCCGAUCCUAUAGCAUGCUCGUCGGGACGUGCUUCUACUACUACGCCUCGCAAGAAGACGCCGAGGUCAUGAUGCGGCUCAAGGGCGAAGUCGACGUCAUCGGCGCGCAGGAAUGGGACGGGAAGGGCAACAUGCACAUCUACACGAACGGCUUUAUGUUUGUGACGGCGCAGAACAAGGUGUUUUACGCCUACGCCGACACGCCAAUGGACAAGGAAAAGUGGCUGCGCGCCAUGCAAACCGCCGUCAUGACCACCGUGCCGGUGCUGAGCACGCUCGGGAUUAGCUCGCUCUCGAGCCACCACGAGCUCAUGUCGCCGUCGUCCGGGACCGAGAUUGACGUCCACGCGCGCUGCGCGGUCUGCCCACAGGACGAUGUGGCCGCGGCCGCGCUCUUGAAGUUUCGCUGCGGCAACUGCGAAGACACGUUCUGCGAUCGCCACUCGCUCCAGCGCCUUCCGCUGCCGCACAAGGGCUACUACUACGCGAUGCGUGUUUGCGACGAGUGCUACUACGCCCAGCUGUUUGUCAACUACCUCAAGGCGAUGAACCAGCGGCUCUCGUCGCGGACGUGCGUGUACCCCAAGCCCCUCAACGUGAACGCGCCGAUCGAGCUCAUCAUGCCGAUGGGACCGUCGCACACCCCCGCGACGACGAUCGCACUCGACCUCUUCAAGGACGGGGCAAUCACGGCCGAAGAGCUCGAAGUGCUCCUCCUUGCCGACAAGCGGUACCUGGAUCAAACGACCGAGCAGCCGGAAAUUCCACUGGACCUCAAGAUUCUGGCGCUCCACCGCGAGUUUGCGUCCAAGUCGUUUAGCGUCUCGCGCGCGGUCGUGCUCUUGCACCAGAACUUGGAGAGCGACCCGCUCUUGUUCAAGCCGAUCCUCGAGCGUCUCCUCUCGUUUUCGUACGACGCCAAGAUCAACCAAGUCGAGUUUUACUGGCCGCAAAUCGUGCACGCGUACCUCAAUAUCCCCGUGUUUGAGUUUGAGAAGCUCUUUUGGAUGGACGAACUCGUGCUCUCGAUCUGCUCGCGCUCGAUCCACCUCGCGCUCUUGCUCAUUUGGCAGCUCCGCGGCGCGCUCGAAGACGCCAUGGACCCGGUCGCGACCUUGCGCUCGCAAAGCACAUUUGCCCGCGUCGCACGGCUCAUGGUGGAGAUCGAAGUCCACGUCAUUGGCUCGUCGCGCCAAGAAGUGCUGCAGCAGUCGUGCGCCAAGAAGAUUCUACCGAUCCUCACAGAAGACCAACUCGCGCUCGUCAACACACUGAUGGACAACAUGGCGGCGUACCGGCGUGACGCAUCGCCGUCGACCGCGCCGGUCGCGACGGAGCUCGACGCGCAGUACGCCGACUUUUCCGGGUUUCAGCAGCACUUGCUCAAGCCCAAGGAGAAGACAAUUCUGCCGCCGGCCCCGAUCGCCGACUGGGCGACCGGCAACGCCAAGCCCGAGCCGCUUCGCCGUCGCCGAACCAUGAGCAUGGCCGAAAAGUCGGUGCUCGCGACCUUCUACGCGGAAGAGUGCGCCUUUGUCGAGCAGAUCACCGACAUUGCCGAGAAGCUGCGCUUUGUGCCAAUGGCCGAGCGCAAGCCGAUGCUGGCGAAGCACCUCGAGACGUUUUCGCUGCCGCCGAACGCGUACAUCCCGCUCGUGAAAGCCACCGACCCGUUCGAGCAGGUCGUGCGUCUCCCGCCCAAAGAAGGCACGGCGUUCAGCACGAAAGCGCGCGUCCCGAUCAUGCUCAUUUUCGAGGUCGUGCGCGGCGCCAACUCAAGUCUCCAGAUCACGUCGCCGGGCAGCGCGCGUCCGCUCAUGACGCCGCAAGCGUCGACGACCGCGGCGUACGAGAUUGACGAAGAGGUCCGGCACUUGAUCAACCGCCAGAGCAUCGACAGCGUGUCGUCGGCACCCGAGACGCCGUUGACGACGUCCGCGGUACCGACCACGCCGCGCCCUGCCACGUCCGAUGAUGACGACGACGAUGACGACGAUGACGCGCAGCAUGGUAUCCACCCAAUGCCGCUGGGGCAUGCGACGACCAAUAACACGUCGUCGGGCGCGCUCGAGAUGGACCUGUCGUCCAUGCACAUCUCGGACGAGGUGAUGGCGAUGGAGCGCGAUCGGAAGAAGGACCUCGAGGCGGCGUUUGGCGAGUCGUGGCUCUCGAAGCGGGAGCGGAUACGCUUGAGCUCGCCGCACGGACACCUCCCGGGCUGGGACAUUGUGUCGAUGAUUGGCAAGAGCAACGACGACAUGCGGCAAGAGGUCUUUACGCUGCAGCUGAUCCAGAAAUUCCUCGAGAUUUUCAAAGCCGCCAACCUCCCAAUUUGGCUCAAGGUGUACCGCAUCAUUGCGACGUCGUCGUCGGCCGGCCUCGUCGAGACGCUCACGAAUGCAAUGUCGCUCGAUGGGCUCAAGAAGCGCGACGGCUACGUCAGCCUACUGCAGCACUUUGAAAAGUCGUACGGUGGAGCGAGUACCGAGACGUUUGCCUCUGCGCAAGCCAAGUUUAUUCAGUCGAUGGCCGGCUACUCGCUCGUGAGUUACUUUCUCCAGAUCAAGGACCGGCACAAUGGCAACAUCAUGCUCGACAACGAAGGCCACAUCAUCCACAUCGACUAUGGCUUCCUCCUCGGGAUCGCGCCCGGUGGCAGCUUUAGCAUCGAGACCGCGCCCUUCAAGCUCACGACCGAGAUGGUCGACACGAUGGGCGGCCCCGACUCGGAGGGCUUCAAAGAGUACGUGACGCUCUGCACGCGAGGCUUCCUCGCGCUCCAGCCGCACUGCGACGAGCUCUGCGACCUUGUUGGCAUCAUGGCGCAGCACUCGCCGUACCCGUGCUUUGCGAACAAGGACGUGGCGUAUGUCCUGUCGCGGUUCCGGUCGCGCUUCAAGGUGGCCAUGUCCAAGCACGAGGUCGUGAGCCACAUGCUCUACUUGAUCCGCAAGAGCCACGGCAACUACAGCACGCGCCAGUACGACGCGUUCCAGCGCAUGACCAACGGCAUUUACCCCUAACCGCGAUCUAAAUCGGUGUGUAUUUGUAUUGGGACAGA